AUGCUACAGUCGAACUCAGUUAUACAUCCAAAUACAUCCAAUAGACAUUUUAAAUUUGAACCGUUCUUACGACAAGAAUAUAAUUUUGGUCUUGAUCCCGAUCGUCCAGUAUGCCAGUUUUACAACCCCAUGAAUCCUGAGACUUCUUGUCCUCAAGGUAAUAAUUGUCCCAACAAACAUGUAUCAGCUAUGUAUUCAAAUAAAAUUGUAUGUAAACAUUGGUUAAGAGGGCUAUGUAAAAAAGGUGAUCAUUGUGAGUUCUUACAUGAGUACAAUUUAAGAAAGAUGCCUGAAUGUUUAUUCUAUUCCAAGAAUGGAUAUUGUACACAAACUUCUGAAUGUUUAUAUUUACAUGUUGAUCCACAGCUGAAAAUACCUGAAUGUGUUAAUUAUAAUCAAGGUUUCUGUAGUGAUGGACCAAAUUGUAAGAAUCGUCAUGUACGAAGAGUACUUUGUCCAUUAUAUUUAUAUGGGUUUUGUCCAAAGGGUCCUGAAUGUGAAUUUACUCAUCCAAAAUUUGACUUCCAUAACUUGAAUUUAAGAAUAAGGCCAGAUAAUUUGAUACAGAUGACACAUAAACUGGAUAAUAAGGAGGUCAAAGAAGAGGAAAGUGAAAGUGUAUAG